AUGACAGAGGGAAUUGUAGCUGGCCAAAGGAAAGUGGCAGAGAAGAGAAAGGGGAUAGUAUCUGUGCCUAAAGUCUGGUCAAAUGACAUAAGGAUGUUACAGUCAAAGUGUAUUGAUCAAACUGGUCUUUCAGAGAGUAACUGGUAUGUCAAAAACAGGGCCAAUAUUUCUGUGUUGUCAUUUUCAGCGGAUCCUCUGAAGGCUCUUGGGGUUGAUUUCCUCAGAGAAGAGAACACCCGUCUCCAUCAUACCAAUGCCUAUAACAACAAGAGCCUGAUUGCGAGACAUGGGCAGCCUUUUUGCUUGAAGGUGACAUUUAACAGGCUGCUGAAAGACAAUGACCAAGUCAAACUACAGCUCAGCAUUGGUGAAAAACCAAUGAAAUCCAAUGGAACUUUUAUAUCCCUGAAUGCAAGGUCAGGAAAGCGUGGCCACCAAUGGCAUGCUGAUAUACAUAAAACAGAUGGGAAGGAGUGCCUGAUAACUGUAUCCAGCCCAGCAGAUGCAAUUAUUGGAAAAUACCUUCUGAAAGUGAAAACAGGAUCUAACAUUUACAGUCCUAAUAAUAAUUUUGUCUACAUUUUGUUUAACCCUUGGUGUGAAGCGGAUACUGUUUUCAUGCCCAACGACGAUGAGAGAGCUGAGUACGUGCUGAACGAUACUGGCUAUAUCUAUGUUGGAUCAGCAAAAAAUAUACUUGGAAGACCUUGGAAUUUCGGGCAGUUUGAGGAAGAGGUCUUGGAUUGCUGCAUGUAUCUUCUGGAUAAGAGCAAACUCAAGCCAAACGCUAGAAAAAAUCCCGUGAUCAUCUCCAGGGCCAUGUCAGCUUUGGUUAACUCUGAGGACGAUCAUGGAGUGUUAUUUGCUAACUGGUCAGGACAUUAUCCUGGUGGUACUCCUCCGCUGGCUUGGACAGGAAGUGUCCCAAUUUUGCAGCAGUAUUACAGAACCAAAACAAUAGUCCUUUACGCCCAGUGCUGGGUUUUCUCUGGCGUGCUCACUACAGUUAUGCGCAGCCUGGGGAUUCCAGCUAGAAGUGUGACCAAUUUUGCGUCAGCUCAUGAUACAGACCAAAAUCUUAGAGUUGAUGUUUACCUGAAUGAAAAUGGGGAAAAGCUGAGCAGAUUGUCGAGGGAUUCUAUUUGGAACUUCCACGUCUGGAAUGAUGUGUGGAUGAAAAGGCCAGACUUACCAAAGGGCUUUGAUGGCUGGCAGGCGAUUGAUUCCACCCCUCAAGAAGCGAGCCAAGGAAUUUACCAAUGUGGCCCUUGUCCACUAAAAGCCAUCAAAAAUGGUGAUGUCUACCUUCCCUAUGACGGCAAGUUCUUGUUUGCUGAAGUUAAUGCAGAUAAAGUCUUUUGGCUGGUAAAAAAUAAGAAGGGCGCAGAAAAAUAUGUCAAGCUGCGUGAAGAAACCAAAGUGAUAGGAAAGAACAUCAGCACUAAAGCGGUUGGAAAAAAUAUCCGCGAAGACAUCACUGCCCAGUACAAAUUUUCAGAAGGUGAUCCCGAGGAAAGGAAAGCUGUGGAAAAUGCUUGCAAGUAUCUGCAGUGUGACAGUCUGGCAGACACUUUCGAUAAGGACCAGGCAAAAGACUGUAAGGCUGCCCUGAAAGUUGAGAUGGAAAGUGAAAAAGCACUGUGGCCAGGGCAGCCCAUUGAUCUGAAUAUUGUUGUAAAAAAUGAAUCUGCGGGUGACUGGACAGUCCAUUUUGCUGCCUCUUGCCAACUGGAAUCAUACACUGGGAAAGUAGAGGAGAGUCUGGCUACUAUCAAGCAGGUUGUCCAAACAGAAGGCAAGCCAGUUGUUCAGAUCCCUCUGAAAAUAGCACCUGAUGUUUACAUAAAAGCAUUGAUGGGAGUAGAGGAUGAACUGAUGGUCAGAGUCAAUGUGCUUGCUGACAUCCAAGAGACUGAAGAGAAACUUGCAGAAGAGUGGACUCUGAACUUUCAGUACCCACCGCUCAAAGUGGAGAUGGCAGAAACUGCAAAGAUCAAUCAGGAUUUUACUUGUGCAUUUAUAUUCAAGAAUACACUAUCCAUUCCCUUGGAAAACUGCAAACUGUAUGUAGAAGGCCUGGGCAUUUUUAUGAUGGAAAUAUUCGAUCAAGGGGACAUUGCACCCGGUGGAAUAUUUAAAUCCAUGAUUGUAUGUGCUCCAAGGAAAACUGGGCUGAAAAAAAUAGUGGCUAAACUGAACUCCAACCAGCUAAAAGGAAUAACUGUAGAAAAGUUUAUUUCCAUCACUGAGUAGGGCCAUUUCUCAAUGCCAUCAGAUGGUGUCAGUAGAGGCAUAUGCUCUGUAUAAGCCUUGCUAAUACUCUUUGCAGCCUUGCUUAUGGGCCAAAAGAUGAGAGGGAGGCAACAUAAAUGUUAAUCUAAAAGAAUUUAAGUGGCUUAAGGCUAGAGCUGUUUUGUUGCUUGCUAAUGAGAAUUUAAUAGCGAUUAUUCAGAUCUGCUUUUGGAUAGGUAGAGAUUUGACAGCUUAUGAUGACUAAGAAUGUGAUUUGUGAAAUCUGGAGCAGCAUAAUGCAGACAGUCUGAGGAAGGAGCUGGCUUUGUUUGCUGUUUGCAAACAGUGCUGGCUUUGCCUAACGCCCACAAUGCUCACACCUCCUUGCCCUUUUACUUAGCUUUGCCAGCUGUUGAUGCUGCCAUUUUCUGACUGCUUCUCCUUUUCAGGCUUAACGGUAGUAUAUUACCCUGCUGAAAGUAGUCAACCUUCCUUCCUAUGAUAAGAGAUGCAUCAUUCAGUGUGUUGGGCUGUAUGGUUUUAACCAGGACUGUGCGUAUGCUGUAUUCAACACACAGGCUUAACAUGAGGCCCAAACAUCAGCUCCUUGAAUAUUUCAUUUAAAGAUGCCAGGGCACAAUUCCACAGUGUUGCUUUAGGGACCAGUCCUGCUGCCCCUGUGAGCCUCCAAACACAGGUGCUUCUGAUCACCCAAGGUUCAAGACAAGGCACUGCUGUUGCCAUGCCUGUUAUCGGUCUUCUGCCAUCUAAACUCGGGGCCAAGGAAGGGGAGAAAAGGAAUCUGGAACAUCAGUUGGAAUCAGCACUAAUCCAUGGCCCCAGCCUCCAGCUUUCCUCAUUUUUCCUUCCUCCAAGGCCCAACUGCAACCUUGGGUUGCAAAAAGCCAGUGCAACUCUUCAUACUGGCUGCAAGGGGACAGGGCAAGAAUGUAGAUUCCAAAUAAUUCUUCCAAUGUUGUUGGAAGACCAUAGGAUUGUACCCGGAGAGGUCAUUUAUAUGUAGCCAGUUUUCAAGACUGUUGAUUUUCCCCAGAAACCUUUUGUUUCCGAUUGGGCCUUUGAGAGAAUAAUGCUCUUUCCUGUAGUUCACUUCUGCUACAGUGUAAGCUUUGGUUUUGCUUCCCUUCUAUUAGGACAUCUUCCUUCCCUUACUACCAAGUACCACACCCUUGCCCAGCCUUGUGUCUUCCGGACACGUUUGGGCUACAACACCCAGAAUUCCCACUCAAUGGCCCUGCUGGAUGAGAAUUCUGGGAAUUGCAGUCCAAAUGCCUCUGAAGGUCACCAGGUUGGGGAAGACUGAAGUACAGCAAACCUCCUAAAUAAGCUUUUGGUAGUCAAAUGUGAUAUUAGGUCCUAGGGAUUAGCGGUCAGGUUUUUACAUCUCCAAAAAGGUCAAAUAAUUAGGCCUUUGCUAUGUAUUAUGUAACAAUAUAUAGCUAUAGCUUUGACAUGUUCAGUUUUCAACAUUAAAAACACUUCUCUGUCACUUUAGUGGUUUAUUAAUAAGCAAAACAUCAAGCAACUGCGAGCAUUUAUUCAAAAUGACACAGAAGAUAAACACAUCCAGCUUUCCUUGCAGCUCACAUUACAAUGUUAGGUUGUGCCUAACAUUUUGAAACCUGUAGCUUAACUUUAUGGGCUGAAUACAGUUUAAUCAUACCCCUAAAUGUCAAUGAUGAUGCUCUGGAAUAAGCAACCUGCAGUGCAGUGUCAAUUGCAUUUGUUAGCCCUGGUAUGUUUCUACUGAAAGUCGACUUUUCAGCUUUCAGCUGAAAACACUCUACCCAUCCUUGCCUAGAGGCAAAGUUCAAUCUUCUUUUGUCUCAUGAUUUUUAUCAAAGAAAAACUAACCCCUCUCAAUCCAUUCUACCUCCACCUCUCCAUUCUACCUCCUUAUCCAUGUUACAUUUCUCUUUAAACCUUACUUUCAAAAGGAAUUGAAAUCCACUGUGCUUUAGUCACCUGCACAACAGAUGCAUCAUCUUUUGCAUUCAUUUCCAUACUUCCCUGUGAAUCUUUGGCAGGUGAACAGACAGUGCAACUCACCCAUCCAGAUGUACAUGAAGGGUUGCUGCAACUAUACUUGCUUCUCCUGCUUAAUGGAAGCAAAAUUAAAUUCUGUACAUCUGAAUAACCUACAGAGAUAGCAGGAUUCCGCUUCUCUUGGCCCAGAAUGUCAAAAUUUCUUUGGCAAACAGUAUGUAUGGCUCUUGGCUUAUCUUGGGAAUUUUUUCCACUGUGUAACCUCCAAAAUCUCCAUUUCAUUUACGUUUUCUGAAUCCUUCUGGGGACUCCUUUUAGGUGAGCUUUUCUUUAUGUUAUAUUUUUCAUGGCAACAAAAAUGUUACUGGCAUCUGUGUUCUUCCCAUUGAUUAUUUUUUCUCUAGAAAAAGAAGCAAGUUUGAGGAAGAACAGAAAGAUAAAAUAAAAAUAACAGCUGGUUCAUAAUCUGAGGCAUCUGGCUUUCCUUAAUUUGCAGUUGUGAGGUGAAAUGUGAGAUGA